AUGUCCAUGAUCUCAGAGCUCUACAUCACUGAGGGAGGGACUGAAGAGGUCAACCAGGAACACGAGGUCGGGCAGAUUGAAGCAACAUCCAGGAAACCACACAGACCAGAGACUACCAUCAGACAGGAGGACAUCUUUAAAGCUAUAGCUGGUGGAGAUGAACCAAUCAGGACAGUGAUGACGAAGGGCGUGGCUGGCAUUGGGAAAACAGUCUUAACACAGAAGUUCACUCUGGACUGGGCUGAAGGCAAAGCCAACCAGGACAUCCAGUUCACAUUUCCAUUCACUUUCAGAGAGCUGAAUGUGCUGAAAGAGAAAGAGUUCAGCUUGGUGGAGCUCCUUCAUCACUUCUUUACUGAAACCAAAGAAGCAGGACUCUGCAGGUUUGAGGACUUCCAGGUGGUCUUCAUCUUUGACGGUCUGGAUGAGUGUCGGCUUCCUCUGGACUUCACCAACAAUGAGAUCCUGACUGAUGUUAGCCAGUCCACCUCGGUGGAUGUGCUGCUGACUAACCUCAUCAGAGGAAACCUGCUUCCAUCUGCUCGCCUCUGGAUAACCACACGACCUGCAGCAGCCAAUCAGAUCCCUCCUGGGUGUGUUGACAUGGUGACAGAAGUCCGAGGGUUUACUGAUGCCCAGGAGGAGGAGUACUUCAGGAAGAGAUUCAGAGAUGAGAGGCAGGCCAGCAGAAUCAUCUCCCACAUCAAGACCUCCAGAAGCCUCCAGAUCAUGUGCCACAUCCCGGUCUUCUGCUGGAUCACUGCUACAGUUCUGGAGGAUCUGCUGAACACUGAUGAUGAAGGGGAGCUACCAAAGACCCUGACUGAGAUGUUCAUCCACUUCCUGGUGGUUCAGACCAAACUGAAGAACAUCAAGUAUGAUGGAGGAGCUGAGACUGAUCCAAACUGGAGUCCAGAGAGCAUGAAGAUGAUCCGGUCUCUGGGUAAGCUGGCUUUUGAGCAGCUGCAGAAAGGAAACCUGAUCUUCUAUGAACCAGACCUGAUGGAGUGUGGCAUCGAUAUCAGAGAAGCCUCCUGGUACUCAGGAGUGUUCACACAGGUCUUCAUAGAGGAGAAAGGACUGUUUCAGGACCAGGUUUAUUGUUUCGUCCAUCUGAGCUUUCAGGAGUUUCUGGCUGCUCUUCAUGUCCAUCUGACCUUCACCAACUCUGGAGUCAAUCUGCUGUCAGAAGAACCAUCAACCUCCCAGACACAGUUCUACCAAACAGCCGUGGACCAGGCCCUGCAGAGUCCAAAUGGACACCUGGACCUGUUCCUCCGCUUCCUCCUGGGUCUUUCACUGCAGACCAACCAGGAUCUUCUGAGAGGUCUGCGGAUGCAGACAGGAAGUAGCUCAGAGACUGAUCAGGACAACGUGGAGUACAUCAGGGAGAAGAUUGAAGAGAGCCUCAGUCCAGAAAAAAGCAUCAAUCUUCUUCACUGCCUGAACGAGCUGAAGGACCAUUCUCUGGUGGACCAGAUCCAGCAGUACCUUGGUUCAGGAAAACUUCAUCGACAGAAACUGUCUCCUGGUCAGUGGUCAGCUCUGGUCUUCAUCUUGCUCUCAUCAGAGAAAGAUCUGGAUGUCUUUGACCUGAGGAAGUACUAUGCUUCUGAGGAGGCUCUCCUGAGGCUGCUGCCAGUGGUCAGAGCCUCCAAGAAAGCUGUGCUGAGUGGAUGUAAUCUCUCAGAAGAAAGCUGUAAAGCUCUGUCAUCAGUCAUCAGCUCCCAGUCCUCCAAUCUGAGGGAGCUGGACCUGAGUAACAACGACCUGCAGGACUCAGGAGUGGAGAUCUUGUCUGAGGGACUGGGGAGUCCAAACUGUUUACUGGAAACCCUCAGGCUGUCAGGCUGUCUGAUCAGUGAUGAUGCGUGUUCCUUUCUGGCGGCAACUCUGACGUCCAACCCCUCCCACCUGAGAGAACUAGAUCUGAGCUACAACCACCUGAGUGAAUCAGGAGUGGAGCAGCUGUCACAGAAACGAGAGGAUCCACGCUGGAGACUGGACACUCUCAGGUUGGAGCCUGCUGGAGUCCAGUGGUUGAGACCAGGUCUAAGGAAAUAUUCUUGUGAACUCCAGCUCGACCCAAACACCAUGUACAGACAGAUCCAACUGUCCGACAACAACAGGAAGAUGACCUAUGUGGAGGAGGACCAGCCGUAUCCUGAUCAUCCAGACAGGUUUGAGGAGUGGCGUCAGGUGCUGUGUAGAGAUGGUCUGACUGGUCGCUGUUACUGGGAGGCGGACUGCCUCGGAUACGUGGAUGUGUCGGUGAGUUACAGAGGAAUCAGCAGGAGAGGAAACAGAGACGACUGUUCGUUUGGAAGGAACGAUCAGUCCUGGAGUCUCCACUGCACCAGUGAUGGUCGCUUUUGUGUGUGGCACAACAACAAAGGAACCAUCUCCUACUCCUCCGCCUCCCUGGCCUCAUCCGCCCCCUUCCACUCCUUAGGCCCGGUCUCUAACAGAGUAGCCGUGUAUGUGGACCAUCCUGCUGGCAUCUUGUCCUUCUACAUCGUCUCCUCUGACACACUGGUCCACAUCCACACCUUCAACACCACAUUCACUGAGCCGGUCUAUCCUGGGUUUAGUUUUGGGUUCAGUCUUCCUGGUUCAUCAAUGUCUCUGUGUUCCCUGUAGGAGGACCGUCCCAAAGCUAAGCAGGACAGCCAACUGUAUGUAAAGACUGACCACACGUUUCCACCUUCUUCUAGAAGCUCAGACUCAGACUGGAGGGGGCACAGAGU